AUGAGAGUGCACAAAAGAGAAGUCACUUCUCCCAACACUACCACCACCACGACAACCUCCAUCACCGAUCAAGACACCUCUAGUUUUGGUCUCUACGUUUGGGAUGAAAAAACUCUUUCUGAAAGACUCUUCGAUGAGUUGGAACAAGAAAUUGCCAUUGUCAUGAUUGACACACAUCAUCGUUUCAAGUUGAGUUUGGAAUUCCAAAAACAAAUGAAAAUUCAUAAUAUUCAAAACAAGUUGAAACAAACCAAGGGAGGAGUGUCAAGUUCAAAUAACAACAACAAUCCUCCUUCUUCGAAUGGAGUGGUCCAAACAUCAAUAAUAAACUCAUUGUGA